AUGGCAGCAGCCAAACUUCUCCACGAGUCUGGCUUGAAUGUGGUUGUUCUGGAAGCCCGGGACCGUGUAGGAGGCAGGACCUAUACUAUUAGGAACCAAAAGGUUAAGUAUGUGGACCUUGGAGGAUCCUAUGUUGGGCCAACUCAGAAUCGUAUUUUAAGAUUAGCCAAGGAGCUAGGAUUGGAGACCUACAAAGUGAAUGAAGUAGAACGUUUAAUCCACCAUGUGAAGGGAAAAUCAUACCCUUUCAGGGGACCAUUCCCACCAGUGUGGAAUCCAAUUGCCUAUUUAGAUCAUAACAACCUAUGGAGGACAAUGGAUGAAAUGGGACAAGAGAUUCCCAGCGAUGCUCCAUGGAAGGCUCCCCUUGCAGAAGAGUGGGACCACAUGACAAUGAAGGAGCUCCUGGACAAGAUCUGCUGGACUGAAUCUGCGAAGCAGCUUGCCACUCUCUUUGUGAACCUCUGUGUCACUGCAGAGACCCAUGAGGUCUCCGCCCUGUGGUUCCUGUGGUACGUGAAGCAGUGUGGGGGCACAACCAGGAUCGUCUCAACAACCAAUGGAGGACAGGAGAGGAAAUUUGUGGGUGGAUCUGGUCAAGUGAGUGAGCGGAUUAUGGAUCUCCUUGGGGACCGAGUGAAGCUGGAGAGGCCUGUGACCCACAUUGACCAGACAGGAGAAAAUAUCCUUGUGGAGACCCUGAAUCAUGAGAUAUAUGAGGCUAAAUAUGUGAUUAGUGCCAUUCCUCCUACUCUGGGCAUGAAGAUUCAUUUCAAUCCUCCUCUGCCAAUGAUGAGAAACCAGCUGAUCACUCGUGUGCCUUUGGGUUCAGUCAUCAAGUGUAUAGUUUAUUAUAAAGAGCCCUUCUGGAAGAAAAAGAAUUACUGUGGAACUAUGAUUAUUGAAGGAGAGGAAUCUCCAAUUGCCUACACGUUGGAUGAUACCAAACCUGAUGGCAACUAUGCUGCCAUAAUGGGAUUUAUCCUUGCCCACAAAGCCAGAAAACUGGCACGUCUUACCAAAGAAGAAAGGCUGAAAAAACUUUGUGAACUCUAUGCCAAAGUUUUGGGAUCGCAAGAAGCUCUGCAGCCCGUGCACUAUGAAGAGAAGAACUGGUGUGAAGAGCAAUACUCUGGGGGCUGCUACACGACCUACUUCCCCCCUGGGAUCAUGACUCAAUAUGGAAGGGUUCUCCGCCAGCCGGUGGGCAGGAUUUUCUUCGCAGGCACUGAGACUGCCACACACUGGAGUGGUUACAUGGAGGGGGCUGUGCAGGCUGGGGAGAGAGCAGCUCGAGAGGAUGUGCCUGCGUGGCCCAUUACCACGACCUUCUUCGAGAGGCACCUGCCCUCUGUGCCAGGCCUGCUGAGAAUGAUUGGAUUGACCACUAUCUGUUCAACAACUGCUCUUUGCUUCCUAGCCUUCAAGAAGGGGCUAUUUGUGCGGAUCUGA